ACCGCUACUUCAAGUAGCGGUUUUCUAGCAGGUAUAAUUUCCUGAUUUCACUUUCCUCUUUCAUUUUCGUCUUCUCACCAAAAUCCCAUCCACGCCUUCCACCAAAAUCACACCUCCUUCAUCGGAAGCCGGCGCAGCCAAGGAAUCCACCGACGCCGCCGGAGCAUUCCUCAGCAACGAAGGCCGCCGCUGUUGACGCCGAGGGUUCGACUUUAGUGGUCGGCUUCGCUAAUUUCAGAAGAAACGUGCUGAUCUUCUUGUUUGUGGUCCCAUGGAGCCGGUGAUUCGUCCAGGCCCAGUUGAUCCAUCUGUUCUACGCUUGCAGACUUCCCAUAGGAGCCACGAUGUUUGGAGUGGCGUAGCUGAUAGAGUUCUCUCAGUUAGGGAGCAUAUGGUCAGCGUGGGACGUGAGUGGAGGGUAGAUGGCGGAGUACUAGAGUACGUUAGGCUUGCUGGGUUUUACGGUGUACAUAGGAUUUUGGGAGGAGGGUUUUUGCUUGAUCGAUCUCUUCUUACGGCGUUGGUUGAGAGGUGGAGGCAGGAGACACAUACUUUCCACCUAGUGGUAGGUGAGGCCACCAUUACUUUACAGGAUGUCUCCGUCCUGUUAGGUCUGAGAGUGCACGGCCCUCCUGUCAUUGGACCUCCAUUUGAGGGAUGGCAUGACCUAGUUGAGGAGUUGCUGGGAGUUCGACCUGGCCAUGAUGAUAACGGUAAGCCGUUUCUGGAGGGAUCUACUUUGAAGUUGACGUGGCUCAGACGUCACUUCUCACAGAUGCCAGAGGGAGCUGAUGACUUGACAGUUCAGCGCCAUAGCCGUGCUUACAUUCUCACUCUCAUGUGAUCUGU